AUGACAGACAAGAUGACAAGACAACAAGACGACAAGAUGACAAGACAACAAGACGACAAGACAACAAGACAACAAGACAACAAGAUGACAAGACAACAAGACGACAAGGAUAGACAACAACGAUCAAUGUACAUUGAUCUACUGCCUUCUACUGCCUUUUACUACCUUCUAUUGCGUGAGAGUUACUUAAAUAAUGUCUUGCCAAAAGUAUUAAGUAUGUCGCAUUGA